GGAUGUGUACAUCAGCUGGUAAUGACGAAAGAGUUUUGUAGCGGUAAAUGUAGUUCCGCUGAAAGACCGCAAGUUCCGGAUUGCGAUUUUUUUUCAAUAUUUUUUAAACUAAUUGUGUUGUACUGAAUAUGAUUUGACGCUAAACUUUGAGUGAUCUGAUAUAUAAAAAUCAUAUAACUUUAUAUGGAAUUAUUUUACAAACUAAACGAACGAUGAUACAGGCGUGCCGGAUACUUUGUCGAUGUCGGAGGGGGGUGAAGGUCAGAGCCCGCCUAAUGGCGCUGGGCAGUAUUUUUUGUAUACUGUACUUUACUCUGAUGACAUUCACGGUGACAUCUUUAGCUUGGUUUGAAAUCCUACCAAACCUUUAUCAACACAGACCCGACACCAUUAGAACCCAUAAGAUAGCGAUCUUCUUCGUAUUCAUGAACGCCAUCGGGAACUGUGUCCUUAUUCUUGGAACUGACACAAGUAUUCACAGACUGACCCAAGAACUUAAGACCAGAGUGCUAAAAACCAAGGAAUUCAAAAACUGCGGUGUGUGUCACGAGACUGUUCUCGCAAGAACCCAUCACUGCUAUCUGUGUGAAACCUGUGUUCUGAAGCGGGACCAUCACUGCUUCUUCAUGACUGUCUGCAUCGGAUACUACAAUCACAAGUACUUCGUGAUGUACUGUUUCUACAUGAUGGUGGGGACAUUCUACGGCAUGUUUUUGAUAGUUAUGUACCUAAAGAAAUUGUUCAACACCACAUUUUACGGACCACAGACAUUUUUCACAAUCUUAUAUGAUAUGGUUUGGGGAUUUCUCACUGAGAAUUACCCAAACGAGAAGUAUUUCUUCUUGGUGGUCUUGAUGUAUGGAUGCCUGACUGCUGGAAUGAUUGCCGCCUCGUUAUGGUUUUGGCACGUGCUUCUCGUAAUUUCUGGUCAGACUUCUCACGAAUCAAGAAAAGGAGUCGCAAGACAUACGGGGAAAUCCUAUUUUAGGAACUUUCUUGGUGUUUUCGGGAAAUAUUGGAUAAUAUCAGUGUUCUUGCCGGUUCCUUUACCGACGUCUCACGACGCCCUGUUUGAAGAGUAUCAUGACUGUAAAAGCCACCAGACACACAGUGAUAUCAAGAAAGAUUAAAUUCAUUAAAAGUGUAUUACAAUUUAUGUAUUACGAAACAGACAACGUGAUAUCAACAGUGUAUAAUUGUGUGUAUGGGCAUUUUGCAGGAACAGCUUAGGACGAUUGCAAUCUGUCGCACUUGCAAUUGACCGUUGAAUGCAAGAGCUGUCUUGUUUAGAUACAUGUACGUGAAGAUAUUACGUGAAGGCUUUAGGUGAUAAAUGACAAAUCGAUUGAUUGGACCGAGCUGUUUCGACCUGACUGAAACCAAUAAUCCGAUUACUGACUGGGUUGGUCAAUUGAAUGUUUGUCGCACCCACAAGCUGACGAACAGGCUUUAAAGAUUAACAAAGAGUUAUGCACAAAAUAAAUAAUUCAAAUGAAAAAAGAAAAAUUAGAAAA